AUGGUCCUUAUCAACUUUCUGGGAUUAUCUGUGCUGUUCGUGCCAAACACUUUGGGAGACGUUUUCGUAGGAUGUUUCGAUCCGCGGAUUUCGCCUACUCCAGAUGGUUUAUCAUAUGAUAGUUACCUAGAGAGCUGUCAGCCUGAUGGUCGAUAUCUCAUUCCUACUAGUUUAUGUGACUAUCCCAAUAUCCAAGUUUUCUAUCUUCCAUCACCAGGCGACUGGUCGUUUUCCGGAUGUCUAUACCUUCAGGGUACACCCAAUACACAAGUCACUAGCCUUGCCCAAUGUCUAAACCAGUGUAAAGGAUAUCCCAUCGCAUUCACUGUCUACAUCGACAGCUGCAUCUUUUGCUCGUGCACUUUGACGAUACCAGAUCCGGAUGAUCUUCAAACCGUCUGCGGACUUGGCGAUUGGUUCGUAUAUUCUGAGACAGUUCUGCCGAGCGGUUUCGUGGCGAAGAAGAGACUCCAUAAGGAUGAGGACCAAGGAUUAUGUCCAAAGGGUCUGACAGCCUGUAGAACCGAUUCAGCUUUGUCAUCGUCAUUUGACUAUGAAUGUAUCAAUAUAGAGGAAGAGUUGGAGUCAUGUGGUGGAUGCCUGUUUGGUCAAUUACAUGUGGGAGUUGAGAGAUUCAAUUUCCCCAUCGGCCUAGAUUGCACCCAACUACCUGGAGUGAGAGCGGAUGGAGUGACAUGUCAGCAAGGCGAAUGUUCGGUUUUCUCGUGUGAUGAUGACCAUUCCCUGCAUGCGGGAAAUUGUAUGCCUUCUUAG